GAGGAAUGCAAUGCAGCAUCAGUAUGACAUCCAUAUCUAAAAGUCAGCCUGAUUCAGACUGGAGAUAUUCAGAAGCUGUGGAGGCCCUGAUGUCUAUGAAGAUCCAGCAGAGGGAGUUUUGGCCCUUGACUCCUUCCUCUGAUGCCUGUGAAGAUCCCGUCACUGCGGAUUUUCACCAGUCCACCUUUGUGAGUGAGACGGGACACAAAGGUGAGAAGCCGUUCAGGUGCUGCUGGGACGGCUGCUUGCGGCGUUUUGCCAGAUCUGAUGAACUGUCUCGUCAUCGCCGCACGCACACAGGAGAGAAGCGUUUCUCCUGCCCCGUUUGCCACAGCCGCUUUGUGCGCAGCGACCACCUGACAAAACACACACGCCGCCAUCUAACAGCCAGGAGAACGGCAGUGUGGCAGAAGGAGGUUUACCGUCUGAACAGCAUCAGUGCUGUCUGUCACCUGCAGCCUCUGGCACCUAAAACUCAGAGCUGACAGAGAGUCAUCACACCUGUACUCGUUUCACUGUUUAUAUAUAUACACUACUGCUCCAACGUUUGGAAUCAUUAGGAUUUUUUAA